AUGACUGAUACCGCUGAUGGUACCCCUGAACUAGGCGCAAAUUUUAUGGAAUGGUCAGUUGAUGAUGUUGUGCAAUGGACGUUGAAAAGUCUCGGCCUGAAUAAUACUGAAGAGCAUGUUUCAGAUGUAGAAUCCGAUGGCAAUGGUACAAAUGAUGAUGCUAAAACCUGUUCCGGGGUAUCUAUACCUGAUAUAUUAGACGAGAAGGACAAGAGCGCCUUUCGGGUGCUGGACAAUGUACGGACAAACAUUAAAACCACAUUUCAUGAACACAAAAUAUCUGGUGAAAUAUUGCCCUAUCUUAGCUUGGAGAAUUGCAAGCUUCUGUUUUCUGGUGAAGUCAGGCUAGCGGUGAAAUUUAAAAUCUCCUUGAACAAAUUGACAGAUAAACUCGAUACGCAAAAUAAUGCUCUUACCAAACAUCAGGAUGAAUUGGUUUCUACUUUAAAUAACCUACACCAUACAAUAGCGGACAAACUACAGGAAUAUCAAUCGCAGUACAUUCGAUUGCGUGGGGAUGUCUUGGAAGUGAUGCGGCGUAGUGCUGCUUCGUCGGUGCCCGGCAUACCGGUACAACCCUCGCAUACAUCUCAGGACUAUUUUGAAAGAGGUCAAUCAAGCCAUCAACCCGGAGCGCAUCUUGCUCCCCUGUCACCAAGGAACCAUCCUGCGUUCCCUGGUAACCAGCACCGAACAAGUUUCACUACAACACCUAGCUCUGGAGCUCCUGGCUCAUCCGCCGCAACUCCACCUGGUUAUAAUCCAAAUUCCAAUGGUGGCCAUGCAAACCAAAUGUCAAUUGCACCUAGCGUGAAUGAACCCCUGAAGCAGCUACGUGCUUCCAAAGAAGACUCUACGGAAAAGAUAUUGAAAAAUGCGAUGAAAAAACAUAAUCUAAAUGAAGCAGACUGGAAGCAAUACGUCUUGGUCAUAUGCUAUGGAGACCAGGAACGUGUCUUGGAAAUGGAUGAGCAGCCUGUGGUAAUAUUCAAGAACUUAAAGCAACAGGGUCUCCAUCCGGCCAUAAUGCUUAGACAGAAAGGGGAUUUUGAAGAAGUUGGGGAACUAACCCCAGGAGGCAGACUUUAA